UGAUAGUCAAAGUUAACAUACAAGGAUAAGGAAAAUUUCUCAAAUUGAUUAGAGUGAGAAUUUGAGAAAAGAAUUGAGAUAUAUACAGAAUCAGAUUUCAGAGGAGGAAUAUGGAAUCCUACCAGCUGUGGAAUGUAUCUUGGAUAAUGCUUUUUUUCAGUGAGACUCCUGGACUAAACUGUUUUUCUUGUUAUUUUGUGACUGUCCCAAUGUGUAGUCCUGGCAGCUGACGUUGUUCUCAAUAUCUUGCCUAAGGUGGCUUUGAACUUAGAGCAAUCAUGUCAGAAGCUCUGAAAUGCAAAGAGUAAUACAGUAUGUACCACCAUAUGCAGAUCUGAACUGAAUUAUUUUAAAAUCAUUUGGUGGUUAACACUAAGAACAUUUACGUAUGUACUCUACCUUCACUUCCAACUGCCUCGAAGGAAGACGCUGAAUUUGCCCUCACUGUAUAUAGUAAAGUUUGUUCAGCUGUUUUUCAGUCCUUUUCAAAAUGUACUCAGCUGAAGUACAACUUCGUGCACUUAAGAGUUCCCUUAGAACCAUUGCCAGUGGAAGGAACGAAUCUUUCUCAUCCCAAUCAUCAGUGGAAACCCUAUCAUUAAUGAGCAAACUGGAAACAAAACCUGAUCUUUUUGGCUUUCACUCCCACCAGUGACCAAAGACUUGACCACUCCAAGUCCAGCUCCCUGUUACUACUAGACAUGGACACCGGUGUGAUUGAAGGUGGAUUAAAUGUCACUCUCACCAUCAGGCUACUUAUGCAUGGAAAGGAAGUUGGCAGUAUCAUCGGAAAGAAAGGAGAAUCUGUUAAGAAGAUGCGCGAGGAGAGUGGUGCACGGAUCAACAUCUCAGAAGGGAAUUGUCCUGAGAGAAUUAUCACUUUGGCUGGACCGACUAAUGCCAUCUUCAAAGCCUUUGCUAUGAUCAUUGACAAACUGGAAGAGGACAUAAGCAGCUCUAUGACCAAUAGCACAGCUGCCAGUAGACCCCCCGUCACCUUACGGUUGGUGGUUCCUGCUAGUCAGUGUGGCUCUCUCAUUGGGAAAGGUGGUUGCAAGAUCAAGGAAAUAAGAGAGAGUACAGGGGCUCAGGUCCAGGUGGCAGGGGAUAUGCUCCCCAACUCAACUGAGCGGGCAAUCACUAUUGCUGGCAUCCCGCAAUCCAUCAUUGAGUGUGUUAAACAAAUCUGCGUGGUCAUGUUGGAGACUCUCUCCCAGUCCCCUCCGAAGGGCGUGACCAUCCCGUACCGGCCCAAGCCCUCAAGUUCUCCAGUCAUCUUUGCAGGUGGUCAGGACAGGUACAGCACAGGCAGCGACAGUGCGAGCUUUCCCCACACCACCCCGUCCAUGUGCCUCAACCCUGACCUGGAGGGACCACCUCUAGAGGCCUAUACCAUUCAAGGACAGUAUGCCAUUCCACAGCCAGAUUUGACCAAGCUGCACCAGUUGGCAAUGCAACAGUCUCAUUUUCCCAUGACCCAUGGCAACACCGGAUUCAGUGGUUUGGAUGCGUCUGCUCAAACUACUUCUCAUGAACUCACCAUUCCAAAUGAUUUGAUUGGCUGCAUAAUCGGGCGUCAGGGCGCCAAAAUCAAUGAGAUCCGUCAGAUGUCUGGGGCGCAGAUCAAAAUUGCAAACCCAGUGGAAGGAUCUACUGAUAGGCAGGUCACCAUCACUGGGUCUGCUGCCAGCAUUAGCCUGGCCCAGUAUCUUAUCAAUGUCAGUUUAGAAAACGCUAAACCCUCCUCCCAGGCAGCCUCCGUCACGAUCCCUGAUCACCUCAGCAUCAACCUCUCUCAACCCUCCACCCCUUCUUCUUCUUCUUCCUCCUCCACCACCACCCCCUCGCUCGCCACAGCGGGGACUUCCGACGCACCCUCCAGCCUCCCCAACCCUCUUCCGACCGCCCCUUGUGUCUCCAGUCUGCUUGGCAUGAAACCCAUCCCUCUCCUGGCUCUAAAUGUUGUGUCUGCUGCUAAGGGUACCGGGGCUUCAGCUACCACCACCACCACCUCUACUGUGCCAUGUGUAACUAACAAACUGAAAGGCGAGAAACAGAGAUUCUCUCCCUACUGAGUGCUUAUCUUGGAACCUCCUCAAUUGGUUCAUUUUGUUUUUCUUUGUUAACAUUGGUGAGAACCAAACUGUUGUGAGCUUGUGACCGUUUUCUUUUCUUUUUACUACAUUGGGGGGGAUAACUGGGUGGGGGUGGGAACAGGGGUAAUUAUUCUUGUUUAGGGUUAGGACUUUACAAAUCAGUGCCUGUUUCAGAGUCUGACUUGUUGAUUGAAAUCUUUAUCUAGAGCCACAGUUCUUACUCUCUCUCUCAUUCUGUUACACCUUUUUUGUAGCUUUAUUCUGCCUUGCAAUAUAUAAACAAUGUGUUAGGCUCUGUGUUGAUGAAUAAAAUCUUCUCCGUUAA